AGGUGCUUUGUUGCAUCCCCCGUUAUUAAGGAUUUAUUUUCUAUCCCCCGUAUAAAAACUAUAACUAACAUUUUUCUUCAGUGCCAGUUCACUACUAUAUCACAGCAAGACACGACCAUUUCAGAUCAUUGCCUGUAGGAUCACCAUAGUAAUAAGUCACAACUUACUUCAAAUUCCAUAUCGCAAAAAGACAUCGAAAAGCAUGUCGCAGACCGGAAAAAGGCAGCUGAUUCAGGUGCACCAGUCGACUAUCAAAUGCAAAAAUAUCUUGGUCUGGAAGGAUACAAGAUUUGUCAUGCAUGUUUCUCAUGACCCAUGAUGCUUGUGAUGCAUGACCUAGCAUCGCAGACAUUUAGAGGGCUUCCUGAUGCACCUUCCGCAUGAGAAAUUCCCUGUCCGGGUAGCACAAACUGCACCCCUCUUGCUGGUCAUGCAAUACAAAUUUUUUUACCGUCCAAGAACAGCAUGACAAGUUGCAUUCUUCCAGACCCAGACAUUUUUACAUUUGAUAUCGACGGUGAACCGGAUCGCAAAGGACGGGCUGCGGCCCCGGGAGUGGAUUUUCAACACCCGCACGCGGCUGUAUCCUGAGCAAAAACGUCCACACCCCAUAGUCAAGUUGGAAAAUCAGCUAGACAAAUCCGCCAGCUUUGGUUGUUUCGCAUGACAGGUUUGUCCUCGUAGUGUAAUGCUGUUUAGCUAGUUCAGCAGCAUCACAGACCUAACAUAUCGCGCUUAUUAAAGCAUCACAAAUGCCAAAGCACAGCGAGAAAAUGCUUGGCAUGGGGCUCCGCACGAAAAACUUUUUUGGCAUGCAGGUUUGCAUGACAACUCGGGGCUGGGGGCGUUUUUACACAGGAUAGGCUGCGCACCGGCAUCUUCCAGGAGUACGUGCUGGACUACAAAAUCCUCGACGUCUGCCUGGUUUUCAAGCAGACCCUGGAGCCCGGGCGGGUGGCGGAGGCGGUGGCGAUUCUGUGCGCGUGGUACCCGAUGCUGGCCGGGCGCGUCGAGUUCAGCCACGACGUGGCGGUGGCCGGCGCGAAGAAGUGGGUCACCCACAACGACAAGGGCUGCAGUCUGGUGUUGGCCACCAUGGAGGGCAUGGGCUACGCGGACCUGCACGACCACGACCGCACGAUCGACCACCUUAACUUCUGCGACAUCGAGACGGACAUGCCCAACAAGAUCCUUUCGGGCGUGGCCCCCGUGAUGACGGUGCAGCUGACGAAGUUGCAGCGCGGCGGCUGCGUGCUCGGGAUCGCCCUGUCCCACUGCGUGUGCGACCACGGCGGCCUGCAGCAGCUGCUCCAGGACUGGAGCAAGCUGUACCAGGACCCGCUCGCAUUGAUCAUGCCCACGGCGAACGUCCCCGACUGCUACUUCAACGCGCCCUCCGGCGGCGAGAUCCAGGCGCACAUGCGCACCCUGGGGCUGAUGCGGCUAUCAAAAGGAAAAAUCCCCCCUCCCCAUAUCGAAACGAAGUUUCUGAUGCUGGAUUUCCAUACACAAAUCAGAUUUGUCUUGCAGUAGAGGACUGCAGGCAUAUGCCAAGCCUCAUUCGAGAGGUUUUGACGUAGGCGCCUAGCAUGACAAACGCGUAUGCUCUUAGCCCAACAGCAUCACAAACCGCCUGCAAAAUGCGGAACGCUUUCUGGACUUGCCUUCUUGCAAGACAGACAGGAUUUGAGGUCACAAAUGCGCAUCACAAAUUUUCAGACGGGCACGCUUUCGAUAUGGGGAGGGGGGUUUUUCCUUACGAUAGCGACUGGAGCGCAACCUAAGCAACCAGCUGAUCAAGGACGCCAAGGUGGGGCUCAGCCUGAUCGGCCAGCGCCUGGCCUCCCACUGCCGCGAGCGCCCGGACCACGUCCGGCUGUCCUUCACGAAGUUUCAAAAAGACCUGUUGAUCAACACGGCCGCGAACGACGAGGAGAUCGACCACAGUGUCACCACCAACGAGGCCGUGCUGGUGUACAUCUGGAACCUGAUGCUGGACACCAUCGAGUUUCCCAUGGAGCAGCGGGAACACCUCGCGGUCAUGAUGUACGUGGACCCCAGGUCACGGGUCUCGGAAGCCGAUGUGGGCAGCAGAGUAUAGCGUUUGUUUGUACACUUAAUUGAGACUGAGCUUGAGUUUUUGUUUUUGACCUAUCACGAAAUGAAUUAUCGUGAUUGUCUGCAUGCUGUUACUAGGUGAACAGCGCUAGUACGUGCAUGCAGAAAUCGCAUUGCACUGGCGUUGUACAGGUUUUCAUCAAUAAUCGCGAUGUCAAUGGUGCCGGUAAAAAAUCCAAAACCAUAAAUUUUAACAGACCUUCGGGAGCAUCAUAGCCGGGAUUUCAGUUCCAGUCAACAUGAGAGGGUCGCUCGGCACGGUAACGAGCAGCGUUCAUUUUAGCAGUCGAAAGGCGCUGAGGACAGAGAAAAUCGCCGCCAGUGUCAAGAUGGAGGCUACUAUCUUCCCCGAAAACGAGUCGGGUGAGGUCCUGUUCAACCCCCAGACCACAACAGAAAACAGCGGCUGCAUCGGAGAGUGGUAAGAGCACAGCGGGGAUCUCUGUUUUUUUUUGCUCGAAGAGUUAGUUUAUUACAUUGCCUAGUUAUUGCGUUGUGCGCACCUCCACGGGUAGUACAGGUAGAAGCGAGGGUAAUAUUAAGGUAUCAAAUUAUGUACUCGUACCCAAGAAUAUUUGUUCCGCGGUAAUAUCUAAACAGGUUCUACGGCGCACCACUGCUGGAUUGGCAGCGAGGGACCAAGAUGGCCACGUUUGGCGCGGACUUGGUGCGGUGCGAAGUGGGGUACUCCGGUGAGGUAUCAAAUGCAAAAAUGUCUGGGUCUGGAAACUUGUAAUGCUGCGUUGGGAACAGUGAAUGCUCUGUAAUGCACCACCAAGCAUGAGAAAUAUCUGCGCUUCUUUGUGUUGCGUUUUUCGCAUUACAAACUGCGUUUUUGCAUGACAGGCAAAAGGGUCUCUUCUUAGACACGGAUCGCAAACUUUUUGGUCAUGCCAGACAAGCAUGACAAAUAUCGCAAUCUUCCAGGCCCAGACAUUUUUGCAGUUCAUAUGAGGGUGUAAAGGUGUCUCCCCGGGUGGACGGCGGGUUGGACGUGUACUUGACACGCAUGGACCGCCUCUACUUCAACGGGUGGCCAGAGACCUUGGCAAAGUACCCCUACAAAGGGGCGUUCGUCGACGAACUGAAGAAGAGGCACGAUUCCUGGUGCCGAAAAAUCAAGCCGCCGCGACGAAGUGCGUUUAAUUUUGCCAUGGGGCUGAUGGACGCCCAACAGUGAGCAGGCCACAUCGUCGACCGGGGCACGUGUCAUCUUGAAGGGCGAGGUUUAGAAAAAAUCAUUUCACGAAACAAUUCAGAAAUCUGUCCCUGUUCGUUGUGGUUUGUUUACAACAUCUCUUGUAGUGUUUCUCAUUGCACUUUACAGUUGAUCUCAGUUUUUACACACAUUUUUAUUGUUCCCCCACCGAAUACUGCGGUAGAUAGGAUUUAGAGCAAAUUUAGGUCUCGCAUAAUUCCACAAUUUUCGAAUUCCAAGCUAUUCCCGUUACUGGAUCUAUAUCCUAGUUCCUACCGACAAAGAGUUGACUCGUGAUUCCUUCCGAAUUUGGUACACUACACGAGAAUGUUAUUCGAAGAAACUUUUUGCCCUCUGAU